UGGUGUCUGUAACUACAAGUUAGAAUUUUUGAUAACUUAAACUGAGAGUUUAUGGCAAUAACAAAGUUUAUAAAGUAUUAUUUGGUAAGUAUUAACAUGCCCGUACAUAGAAUACAAACUGAAAUCAGAGAUAAGUUAAGGGCAUUUAAACUGUACUUUUAAUUGGCAUGUUGACUGUCCAAUGAACGGUCAGAUGCGCCACCACGCCUUGUAUUCGUCGUAGUAAAUAAGUUACGCCUGGCGCUGAUUCAAGAUCAGCCCGAGUCUUUUGCAUAACAUUAUUAGUGGAAGGCUGUGCGAUAGGUGAAGUGAUCCUGGGUCGAUCUGAAGCCCAGAAGCUCCGACUGGUUAAAGACCUUUCCGAUUGGGUCCGAGGCGCCAGGGCAAGGGCCAAUCACACAGGGCGCUUAGACGGCGCAUCAUUUGAACACGUCGAGUUCGCUGAACUUCCGCAUGCUGCGAUGCUAGCAAUGUAGCUUGCUGGCACAACAUUAAGUCACCCCUUUGGUCUCCUGGUGUAAUUUUUGGUUCUUCCCCAGUCUGGCAACCCUGCUCUCCUUGUGCCCCCCUCGUCCGUCUCUAAAGACAACGUCGCGCCCGGCACAUCGGGAGAAUGCGCCGUUCCAGCGGCAGACGAAAGGCCGGGACACCUCGGCGGCGCUCCCCACCCCCGCCUUCGCCAGCGAGAGCGGGCAGACCCGCCCCACCACCGUCAGCGGGCUCCCCAGAGAGGAGGAGGAGGAGGUUUCGGCCCGGCACUCGAGCCCUAAUGGAGAUCCGGAAAUACCAGAAGUCCACCGAGCUCCUGCUGCGGAAAGCGCCCUUCUCCAGAGUGGUUCGGGAGGUGUGCCAGACCUUCAGCAAGCUGCACCUGAGGUGGCAGGCCAUGGCCCUGCUGGCUUUGCAGGAGGCUUCAGAGGCCUUCCUGGUGCGUCUCUUUUCUGACGCCAACCUCUGCGCCAUCCACGCCAAGCGCGUGACCCUAUUCCCGCGGGACUUGCAGCUCGCUCGGCGGAUCCGGGGAGUGGAUGCCCUCUGAGGGGGGCGGAGUCAGCCGGUUUUUAAAAACCUUGCAGGGGGUGGGGCAGGGGCUGGCCCUCUCCCACAUCUGUGCACCCUUGCCACAGACCUGCAAGUUUGAUGUGUAUAGUUUUAUUGCAUGUUUUAAGAAAUGUUUUAUUCCGAAAACUGCCUAGAAAUUUGCAGGUAUUUAAAAGUAAGCAAUUCCUGCUGCGAAGCAUUUUGAGCCAUUUCAGGUCCUAUGAGAAUCGGGUCAAUGUUGCGAUUGCAGUCACCAACAAAAACAUGGUUUUUAUUUUUUAAAACCUGGAAUGGCUCGCACUGCAGUGGAUCAGGAGUGAUAUAAUGGGUGCUGUCACUGAAGCCAUUAUAAGAGGAUGUAGGUUAUCUUACGAGAUGGCCAACUUUGGCCAAGAUGGCUUCUUUCAGAGGUGCCCAUUGUGGCAUUCCAACACACCAAGGACAGCACUUGUUUGCAACACUCCUCCGUGUUAAAUUUAACCGUUGAAAUGAUACAGUGUGUAAAUAAAAUCAUAGUUUUUAUAUACAUUUUUUUUAUUUUUAAUCGCAGUGCAGCGCUGUGGUAAUGUUCUGAACCUUUGCCAGAUUGUAUCUAUCUGUGAGGGGUGUUUCUUGGGGUGUGGAGACCGACCCAAAAAUGUGUUGGCGUGUGAGUGUGUUUGAGAUUCAGAAUGAAGAUCUGCCUGAAAUUUGACAUGUUUUAUUUUUAAAUUUGUGUGUAAAAAUGUACUAUGAGUCUAAAGGUCUUCAUUUAUUGUGUGUCUAAUGACAACUGAAGGUUCUAUGGCCUUUAAUGUGUAUAAUGCAUAGUGCACAUAAAUGUGCACUGCUAUUUUUAUUACAUGAAUUUUUUCUCCUUUCUGUUAAAUUGUGUUUUUUUAAGAGGACGUUGUAAUAUUUGUAAGUUAUUUUUUUCCGAUUUUAUGGUUUUAUGUGACAAUAAAAACAAGGUUCAAAAAUUG